CUCUCUUUUCUCUCUCUAGAUAGACUGUGGUGUCUCUCUCGCCCAAAGUCGCAGCGACCCAACCUCCUUCCCGCCUCCCUCUAUCUAUCUCUCUCCUCCGCUGGUGUUCGUUUCCCUCUCGCUUUCCUUCGCUCCUCCGCGCGGCUCCGGCGGGCGGAAGAGGAGGGAGCGGAGGGCGGCGGUGCCGGCAGUUCCUCCGGCCGAGGAGCUCAGAGGGAGGAGGGGAGGCCGCCCUGUUCCGGGGCUGACCGCUGCAUCGGGUUCUCCGAAGAUCGAUCGGGGGGACCACGGGACUCGGAGGGAGCGCCCGAUCUGCUCCCCCGGCGGCGUGAGCUUCUGGAGGGUGGUUAGUCUGCGUUCGCGUUCCGCUCUCCUGCGUGCCGAAAUGUGGGUCGUGUUGCGGGUGAAUUCGGCUGAUAUGAUGUACCUCAUUUGGAUAACCAUUUGACUGGCACCAUAAGUUACAGAAAUAUGCAGGAGGGGCUAGGGCAAAGGAUGCAUGUACCUCAUGGUAUCAAUCUGUGCUUCGCAACUUCUUCCGUGCCCUUUCAGGUGGAAUCUUCUAUUGAGCUGGGUACCGGAGAAGUGAACCCCCCUGUAACAUCUGAAAAGUUACCUGCUAACUCACAAGCUGUUAAUGAUGCUGGAGCACUUGAAGGUACUGACAUGAAUGGAAAAUCGGUUCAAAAACCUAAGAGGAAAAAACAUAGGCCAAAGGUCAUUAAAGAAGGACAAUCAGCAAAGUUGCAGAAGCCUAAAACUCCAAAGCCUCCCAAGGAAAAUGGGAAUCAGCCUACUGCAAAGAGAAAGUAUGUCAGGAGGAAGGGACUAAGUGCACCAGCUGAACAAAUUCCAUCAGGAGGUGCUGAUACACAAACUACAGCUAAACCAGGAGUAGCCCAAAGAUGUUUGGACUUUGAUGUGGAGGACCAGCAUGGACAUUUGGAUCUGGUAUCACAAACCCGGGAAACGGAGAUACAGACUGGUCCUGGGGACACACAGCCAUCAAUAUCUGGAGUUGAAAGAAGUAAUGUUCAGGUAUCAUGCCAUUGGGGUGGUACAAGCAGUUCUAUUAGUUCAGUUGACCCAAUAGUUGAUAUACAAGGAUUACGGGCAGACUGCAUGCCUAAAAGUGUCAAUUUUGACCUGAACAAUUCUAGAGUAAGUCAGAUGCCAACCAAUUAUUCUAGUCUAAUGGACAGCUCUGGACAAUUUUUCCAGUAUGGUUUAAGAGAAAAAGUUCAAACAAAUCAAUUACUGGAUUCUAAUUCUAGUCUGCCAGUUAGACAUGUCUCUCAUCUCACCAGUUCGGUAGAUCAUAUGCGACACCCCUCAGCCAAUUUUGAUCAAUACAUAAGCAAAUCUCAAGAUUGUACAGAAAAAUCACCCAGACAUUAUCAGAUGCUUAGUAGUUAUAGAAUUUCAGAAAAUAUGACAGCAGCUUCUCAGUAUACCGAAAGGGUGUCAAUGGGGGGCAAUUUCAAUCCUGAAGCUUGUAUAGGCGAAGGUGCAAUAAUCAAACAAAUGGCCCAAUACUAUAGACUUCCAGAAAGUCCAUUUGUACCUCCCAAGCAUAAUGAAAGGGAUGUGAUGAAUGGAAAUCUGAACGAAUUUUCUGUGAAGAAUGAUUACUUGAAGUUUUCUACCAAUAGUAACUACCAAACUGGAGCAGGUUUUGGUUUUCAUGAUUCUCCAGGCUAUUCGGAUGUUCUUGCAAUGAGUAAAAAAAGAGAACACAAUGCUAUCAGUGGUCAUCAGAUUUCUUUUGGCAUUGACUUUAUUAACUCAAAUAGAACAAGGAAGUUCUAUAGUGAUGACCCCUUUUCCACUAGCUCUCAAACAUCUUAUUAUCCUGAAGCAUGCAAAAGGAUGAGACCAGAGGAUCAUAGCAAUCAGCUCAACGGAACUACGGGAAAAUUUUCUUCCUCGUUAGCAUUUUCUGAUGGUUUGAACACAAAUAAAGUUUCAGCUAUGAACCAUGGAAUUGGUACCUUGGCUGACAUACAAAGGUUGAUGGCCCUUGAGAAAUCACAAGCUUCACAACAAAUGAUUAACUUUAUUACGUCACAAAACAACAUGAACCAUGACAAAGGAUUUAUUGCUUUACCUAAUAAACAGUUCCGAAGCUUCAUUGCACAGGACAUACCAUUGCCUGGCAGUACGGUGAACAAAUUGGAAGAGAAUGAUAUCUUGAGGAAUGGAGUGCAUCAAAUUCAUCCUUGGGAAACUACAUCCAGGCCACAUCACUCUAGCAACAAUUUUGCUUUACCAAAUAAAUUGCCUGGAUACUUAACUGCAGGGAACGCACAGUUAUCGAGCAGCACAGUGAAUCCAUCCACAGAAAACUAUAUUCAGAGUAAUGCUAUUCAUCAACAUCAAUGCUUAGAAAACGUUGUGGCUAAGGUGCCAGUCUUAUCUGAAACACACAACAUUUCCAGCCAAGAGGGCCAUAACCACUGCACUGCUGCUACUACUGAUGAGCACAUCAGAACUACAAGUAAUGAAGUUGUUAGAUCCCUUACCCAGGAAGCAAGCCAACCAACCACAAAUGGGAACCACAAUCUUAACUCUUCUAGAGUAACUGCAGAAGCAAAGUCCACUGAGAAGCCAAGAAAAAGGGGCCGCCCAAGAAAAGUAGUGAACCCCAAUGGGGAGCCAAAAGAAAGAGUUACUAAAGGCAAACAAAAUGUUGGUCAUGCAAAACCUAUAUCACCAAAAGGUUCAUGUACCGACUUUUUAAAAACUAAUGGUAUUACUUAUGCUUCUGAACCUUCCACUGGAAUUACUCCUAGGAUGUCAACUGUGGAGUCGAAAAGUUCUGACCAAGAUAAGGAGAUUCAUGGAGGUGUCAUUCCUCAAGCUGCAGCAGCAUCAGUUGAUCCUUUAGAUGGCAUAAUUCAAAAGAUUAAGCUCUUAAGCAUAAACGGACCAGACAAGAUUGUGGCAGAGGUACCCAAAAAUGCUCUUGUUCCAUAUGAAGGUGAAUUUGGUGCACUGGUUGCAUUUGAGGGGAAGACAAAGAAAAGCCGUUCUCGGGCCAAAGUGAACAUCGAUCCGGUCACCACUAUGAUGUGGAACUUAUUAAUGGGGCCAGAUAUGGGUGAUGGUGCUGAAGGGUUGGACAAGGAUAAAGAGAAGUGGCUUGACGAAGAAAGAAGAGUGUUCAGAGGACGGGUUGAUUCAUUCAUUGCUCGUAUGCAUCUAGUUCAGGGGGACAGGCGUUUCUCUCGAUGGAAAGGAUCAGUCGUGGACUCAGUCGUGGGUGUAUUUCUUACCCAGAAUGUUUCAGAUCAUCUUUCAAGUUCUGCUUUCAUGGCGGUUGCUGCCAAAUUUCCUGCUAAGACAGAGGUUCCUGAAAAACCUGUGGCUGAGAUGUCUCAUACUCCUCCUGAACAGAAGGAUAGUUGUUCUGGACUGUUUGGUGAUUCUAUCAAAUUACAGGGCAAGAUAUUCAUUGAAGAGGUAAGUGACGUUAGAUCAUUGAUUACUACAGAAGAUAAUGAAGAAAGUAAUAGUAAUGAAUUGAUCGGAAGCUCUGCUGGGUAUGGAAUAAACCGUGCAACUGGAGGAUGCCAUGUCUCUUAUAGGAAGUCACUAACUGGAUCCCAUGGAAAUGGGCUAUCAGGAUCUGUUUUUCCAACUACCGGCUUUUCAAGCGUGGUAGAAACUGAAGAUGGAUCAUUGGAGGAUGUUAUUUCUUCUCAAAAUUCUGCUGUUUCUUCCCAGAAUUCCUCAGAUUAUCUCUUUCAUAGAACCGAUCCAACAGGUUCUAGUUCAUUGCAAAAUUUCACCGAAGAGGGCUGUAUCAUGAGAAAUAUAUCUAGCGGGACUGGCAGAUCAACUGACUACACAGCGUUUCUGCCAAUUCAAGAUCCAACAGGCAUGCUCGGAUUAUCAGAAUAUUAUGGACUUAAUCCUCUUCCAGUUUCAGGUGUGAACAAGGGCGUGUUGCUUGAUCUAAACAGAUCAUAUCAGCCAUUACAUACUUCUAUGCCCUAUGUGCAGAAUAGCGAGUCUGAUUUCACAGGUGUGUCAUGUUUCAGCCAUAUGGAUAAAUCAUUCCACACAGGCCCUGAUAGAGUGAAUCUUUCCAGUGUUACACAAUCUGAGGCUAGUCUUUACCCUACUGAUCCUUUGCAACAAGGCGAUUUUUCACCAGUAAUUAAACAAAACUUCCAACCACAUAGUUCAGAUAAAGUGCCAUUUUUCAAGGAGCACUCUUCAUGUGGAAAUGAUUUUUCAAGGAACAAAACUGAAACUCCUUCUGUGGAACCACUUGUCUAUUCAAAUCCUCAAGAGGUGUACACUACCUCAACAGAUCCAAUGGGUGCUGAACAAUUUCAAUCAGGAUGUGGCCAACAGGACAAUGAUGCCAGAAUCCAGACAGCAUCACAUGAAAGGCAUCAGUCUUCAGCCUUGUGUGAAAACCAGAAUUCUCAUUCAGAGGUCUUGCAAGGAGUUGCUGCAGGCUCAACGCAGAAGUUCAUUGAUAUUCAAAAGGGGCCACCAGAAGCUCAACAAAAUGGAUCAAAAGCAAAGAAGGUACGGGGCCGACCUAGGAAAACUUAUGACUGGGACAGUUUACGAAAAGAAGUGCUUUCUAAUGGUGGGGAUAAACAAAGAAGUCAUGAUGCAAGGGAUACUGUUGAUUGGGAGGCAGUUAGGCAAGCAGAAGUCCGGGAAAUAUCUGAAACUAUCAGAGAGAGAGGAAUGAAUAACAUGCUAGCAGAACGGAUAAAAGAAUUCCUGAACCGAUUGGUGACAGACCAUGGAAGCAUUGAUCUUGAAUGGCUAAGAGAUGUUCAACCGGACAAAGCCAAGGAUUUCCUUCUAAGCAUUAGAGGGCUUGGACUAAAAAGUGUUGAGUGCGUUCGCCUCUUGACGCUACAUCAUAUGGCUUUUCCAGUGGACACAAAUGUUGGACGGAUAUGUGUGAGGCUUGGAUGGGUGCCACUUCAACCACUGCCAGAGUCUCUUCAGUUGCACCUAUUGGAAAUGUAUCCCAUGCUGGAGCACAUACAGAAGUAUCUUUGGCCUCGACUAUGCAAGCUAGAUCAACGUACAUUGUAUGAGCUUCACUACCAAAUGAUUACUUUUGGAAAGGUUUUCUGCACAAAAAGUAAGCCUAAUUGCAAUUCAUGUCCAAUGAGAGCUGAAUGUAAGCACUUUGCUAGUGCAUUCGCAAGUGCUAGGCUUGCUCUUCCCGCACCCGAAGAAAAACGUUUGGCUACAUCGGAAGAUGCAAAUGUUGUAGAGUUUUGUCACCAAACAUACAUAAAUUCAGGGACUGUUGGCCAACUUGAGUGGAGUGCAAAUUAUCCUAAGCAUGCUGUUUCUGGUAAUCAUCAGCCAAUAAUUGAGGAACCACUGAGUCCAGAACCUGAACCUGAAAAUGUAGAGGCAAAGGAGGGUGCAAUAGAGGAUUUCUUUUGUGAAGACCCUGAUGAAAUUCCUACCAUUAAUCUUAAUAUCGAGGAGUUUACACAAAACUUGAAGAACUAUAUGCAAGCAAACAAUGUUGACAUUGAAUAUGCUGACAUGUCGAAGGCAUUGGUUGCCAUCACCCCUGAUGCUGCUUCCAUUCCAACUCCAAAGCUCAAGAAUAUUAGUCGUCUGAGGACAGAACACCAAGUUUAUGAACUGCCGGAUUCACACCCUCUUCUUGAUGGGUUCGAACAGAGAGAACCGGAUGAUCCAUGUCCAUAUCUUCUUUCCAUAUGGACCCCAGGUGAAACUGCACAAUCAACCGAUGCACCCAAGACAUUCUGUGAUUCAGGGGAGACUGGUAGACUAUGUGGAAGUUCAACAUGCUUUAGUUGCAACAGUAUACGAGAAAUGCAGGCUCAGAAAGUCAGAGGAACACUUUUGAUACCAUGCCGAACAGCAAUGAGAGGAAGCUUCCCACUUAAUGGGACAUAUUUUCAAGUUAAUGAGGUAUUUGCUGACCAUUACUCAAGCCAAAAUCCAAUUGAUGUCCCACGAAGUUGGAUAUGGGACCUCCCAAGACGAACUGUUUACUUUGGAACCUCAGUUCCUACAAUAUUUAGAGGUUUAACGACUGAACAGAUACAACAAUGCUUUUGGAGAGGAUUUGUUUGUGUGAGGGGCUUUGAUAGGACAGUGAGGGCACCAAGGCCCCUUUAUGCAAGGUUGCAUUUUCCUGCCAGCAAGGUUGUUAGAGGCAAAAAACCUGGAGCAGCAAGAGAGGAAGAAUAAUAGCACAUUGAAGAAAUAUAGAGGAGCUAACCAGAGGAUGGAUAGCCCGAAAUGAGAUGCUGACCCAAUAAGCCGCCGAAUCACCUCCAAGUUCUAACCCAGUGACUUGCAUCUGUAGUGAAUGGCAAUACCUUGAAGACCUGUGAUGGAGAUGUUUUGAGGCGACAUGACCUGUUAAAUUAGAUUCCAUCUUUGGUAACAGUCUAGCUGUUCUUCUUGUUGAGUUCAUAUUCUUUACUCUGAGAUUCAAUAUAGCAAACGAAAAAAAAAUAGUGCAUAGUCUAGCUGUUCUAAUUGUACCUCUGUGAGUGGAAUCAGUUGUUGUACAACAGGAAGAUGGACCUAUCUGUACAAUGGUCAUACAUGUUCUUUGAUCAUAGUAUAAACAGUGUAAGCCUCAUCAGCUGUUAUUUGAUUGUUUCAAAACAAAGGAAAAGCCUUUUCAAUUCAUGCUGUUCAUAGACUA